GACUUUUUAGGACGCUCACUUUUAAUAGGCGAAUCGAGUUUUUCUAAACGUUUGCAUUAUUAUAGCUUCGACGUUCAAUGGGAACAAAACUUUUUUAUGGAGUAUGAAUAUGAAAUAUCAAGAAUAUCCAUGGACUUGCGCGACGGCAUUCGGUUGGCUCGUUUAUAUGAACUUUUAACCGGUGAUUCGCUGGUUUCUAAGUUGAAACCGAUUUUAAAUAAUAACGUUGAUGAGAGCAUGUCGAACAUUCAGCUUGUCUUGGGAGGUUUUACGUCACGUGGUAUGGUCUUUGAGAGCGAAUCAUUAUUGGCCUACGCCGUUGCUAACGGACACAGAGAAAGAACUCUUCAACUUUUAUGGGCUAUUGUUAUUUAUUUUGGCGCAACUUUCCAUCUAAACGAGGCGAUGGUGGCCAAAGAGCUUCAUUCGAUUGGUUCCAGCGUACUCUUUACUUUUUUGUUAUAG